CGGGGAGCCUCAUCACUGUCAGAAGGAGAAUAUUCCAGCUCGAACAAAUAUGAAAUAACGACAUAAAAGGAAUUUAUAUGAAACACGACUUAGUGUUUACUUCUCUGGGUCAGUUACGUGAGUUUUUUUUUUUUUAAUUUUUUUAUUUCUGCGUUCGUUUUAUCUCGAAUUACUGGAUUAAUUUUAAUUAUGAGUUUAAUUGCUCGCUACGUUUUGGCGAAGGAAUGAUUAGAAUAUCCUGACCAGAUUACCACUUUUAACGACAGGAAUAUGGCAAAAAAUAUUAUAGACGUUCCUAGGGAUGAUUUAAGUAAGGUAUCCGAUGAAGAACUGAUUAAAUGUAGCAAAGAGGAGCUGCUUUGGAGACUCCGAAAAGUGGAUAGUGAAAAGAUAAACUUGAUGGUGGAGCACGGUAACAUGAUGAAGGACGUCAACCGCAGAUUACAAGUGCAUCUUCACGAAAUACGGAACUUGAAGGAGAUAAACCAGAAACUACAAGAAGACAACCAGGAGCUCAGAGAACUGUGCUGUUUCUUGGAUGAUGAUCGACAGAAAGGGAAGAAGCUGUCCAGGGAAUGGCAGAGAUUUGGCAGGUACACUGCCAGUGUUAUGUGGAAGGAGGUUGGCAUUUUCCAGCAAAAACUGAAAGACCUAGAGAGCAACCAGGAGACUGUGAUGAGAGAGAAUGUGGAGCUCAAGGAGAUCGUCCUCAUGUUGGAUGAUGAGAGGAAUGGAGCUGGUUCCAGGAGCUCCAUAGACAGCCAGUCCAGUCUUACCAAUCUGAAUGGAAGUUCUGCCACUGUGAGGGAUGUUGGAGACGGGAGCAGCACCUCCAGCACGGGCAGUGCUGGAAGCCCUGAUCACCACCACAGUCAUAUUCACAAGCCUUCAGAGGGAAAGAUAGUGUCUAUCAGAAGGUCUAUGGACGAUCUAUCAACCAACCAUCUUCUCAGAAGCAUACCAAACGGGCUCAAUGAUUCAUCUUCAAACUACAUCCGCCAACUGGAGACUAAAGUCCGCAUUUUAGAGGAUGAUCACAAGCAAUUGUUAUCCCAGCAGGGCAAUGUGGGCGAUCUGAAGACACUUCGGAAAGGACUGUCCCUGUAUCACUCAGAGUCCCAGCUCUCCUCACUAUCCCAGUUUCAGGACACCUUACAAAAUGGGUCUACACGGAUGCCUGGAGGGGAUCUGCCGCCCCCUGUCACAGGAUACCUGCCGGCAGCACAGAAACCAGAGGCUGUUGUACAUGCCAUGAAAGUAUUAGAAGUCCAUGAGAACCUAGACAGGAAGAUCCCAGAGGACUAUGAGGAGGAUCUCAGUGAGAAAGAGAAAGCCAUUGUCAGAGAGAUGUGUAAUGUGGUGUGGCGAAAGCUCGGUGAUGCAGCAGGAUCCAAACCCUCCAUCCGCCAACAUCUCUCUGGGAACCAGUUCAAAGGCCCUUUGUAGUUCCCUUGUCAAUGAACGGCAGGGCCUUGAACAAACAAACAAAUCUGUGAAUAUGACGAGAGGAGCAGACAGAACCGGGCAAUUUCGGGAAACGACACAAAGAACUUGGCUUCUACUGCCAGCUUCUCUCAUGGCAUUCAGUUGAGACAUUUCAAACCUAUUACCUCCACGCAGGUGGUAGUUUAAUAUAUAAAGGACUCACAAUUAGCACAAGCUAAAUCACUGCUCUAUUUAUGUGCAUACCUUCCAAGUAUUUGUACAAGGCAGCUUAAUGGAUUCAUUUCUCAUUCUAGAUACGGAAUGAAAGCACACAGAUAAAUGCCUCAUGGAGUUACUUAUACAAGAUUAAACCUUUCCACUCCUAAAAGCUUUUUUGAUUUUGGCAUAAGACCACUUUCUUUUUCGACUGUUAGCAUUCAAAAGUUUGGGGCUGGGAUCUUUUAAUGUUUUUAUCUCUUCUGCUCACCAAGGCGGCAUUUAGUUGAUCA